GUUUGCCAUCGAUGCUUUAGUCUGCAAUCUGAUGUCAGUGUGCAAACAUACUUCGCGUCGUUGCCGCGAAUGUGCAGUACCAAAAUUGAAUCGAAGAUUUCUAACCAAUGUGUAUCCAUCUGAUUUUUUAUGUACGUGUGCGCAAAUCAUUUUACUAUUCUACGAGCCAAUAAGUUCUGGCUCACAUCAUCAAUAAAGAAAUCAUUUUAAAUAUAAGGAAAGUCUUAAAAGCACAUCAUGCUGAAGUGGGUCGUUACACGUGGACAACAAACUAUGUGCAAUGAAUGGAAAACACAUAAGGAUAAUCUUUGGAUAUGGAGGAAUGAAAGCCUUCUUAUACAUCAGCAACUGGAUGUCGAAAACAACAAUCAUAUUUCAUCAAUUGGAACGAAACAAGGCUACCAUGAAACAAAUAUACCGAACAAUAACAUCGGAUUGCAACGGCCUGAAAACGCAACGAGUACACUAAAAUCAACCACAUCUUCUAAUGCUCUAUCCAAUACAAUUCCCACCGAUACUGCGUCUUCGUUUCGAUUCAUAUUGGUAGAAAAUCAUUCUUCGCCUAUGAAACUUCUGAAACAUUCAAACGAUGACUGUGUAUCAUGCUGUACAUCUCCUAGGCGUAAUCAUAACUACCGCCAAACAGCAGGUCAGCGACAACGCCAUCGUCUAUCCAGUUUCAACAUACGUGAACCGUCAGAAUUAGCAUCACCCAGCUAUCGGCAAGCAGACGAUCCUGCGAAUGAUUUAUCAGUGAACCUUCUUUUAACACCAUCUUUUCACUAUUUGACGAAUGUCAACGUGCCAACGACUCAAUGGAGAGAAGUUGUGGGUGUGUACGCUACAGUUACUGAGCACUACAAUGAACGUGAAAUAAAAACACCUGAGGUAGACGGUACAACAGUACUGAACCAAGAGUCUAGACAUUUAGUAAGACGAAGAGCGCUGCGUCGAAAACGAACUACUAGAUUUUGAAUAAAAGACGUUUGACGUAAAAAGCAA